AUAAGUCUCUCAAUGCGUAUACAUUAUUGCAAGGCGCAGAGGAAGUACCCGAUAAAUUCGAGAAAGAAGAGUAUGGCGUAAAAAAUGAUGUUCAUAAUAUAGUUGAAGAACAUUCGGAGGUAGAACAUAUCAGUGAUAUCACACACACUGAGAUCGACUAUCUUGACUUGGGGAACUUCAUUGAACAUGAAAUCCAAGAACUAACGGCUGGCGCUCACAUUGAUGGAGUAGCAAAUAUAAUUUAUCAGACUCACUUGCUGGUGUGUUUAGAUGUCACUAUGGUUCAAAGUAAGACAGCGAAGGAUAUUGCUGAACUUGUAAUCACAGAAAUUGAAAGCGGAGAUGAUUACUCAUGGAACUUUAAAAAAGCUGACCUAUCAAGAAAAUUUGGAAGCACACACAGAGAGAACAGUACAAAGAUUCCAAUCACAAGAGACGAAUGCAUUAUGAUUGCAAAGUCUAUGACAGGUCAGGAAUUAUUUCAACGUGACAAUAAUCAUGUUGAAUCCGCGUGCAAACUGCUUAGUGAGCAUGAAAUUCAUGGCUUUCACUGGUAUCUAAAUAUAAAAGAUUCGGAAGCUACAGCCAUCGGUUUCACCACUCCACUACUAAAAGAGAUUAAAAAUCGUAACAUUAGCAUUACUGAAAUCUACCUCGAUGCAACUUAUAAGACUGCAAGAGGGCGCUAUAAACUUUAUG